GUGAUUCAUCUUUGUAGUCUCUCAAGUUCCAGUUUUCCCUUUCUACAUUUAUAUAUAGUUGUCAAUCAGUGAAUUUUAUUUUUAUCUCUAUCAUUCCUCUUGUAUUUCUGAUCUCAAACCAAAAUAUUUCUUGAGUUCCCUCUUGUAUUUCUGAUCUCAAACCAAAAUAUCUCUUGAGUUCAUAUCUUGAAUUCAUCGAUUUUUCGAUUACCUUCAAGUUCGAGUUGCUUUUAAGAAUGGGGUUGAUGACGAACAUCUAUGAUGAUCUCCUCAUAAACUCUCACCAAUUUCAUACUGAUGAUGCAUCUUAUCUACAAAAAGAGCAUCUCAAAUCUCUUGGUGACAGUUUAACUCUUUCUUUUGAUAUUGGAAGGACUCAACCUUCUGUUUUAAAUGUUACUCCUAACAUGUAUCACCAAAAUCUGAUUUCAUCGGUCCCAAACCAAAUCUCUAAUCCUCACAAUUGUGUUACUCAAAACCAUUUAUUUCCCAUACUUCCUCCAAAUGAAAUACCCUCAACAUAUCCAUUUAUGGGUAACUCUUCCUACUCAAACACCGAUGCUUUCGAGGGAUUUCAACAUAACAUAACCGGUGACCUAAAAUUCCCAAAGACCUAUUACACCCCGUUCCCUGUAACAUCUCAAGGUAUACCAUAUGAUAUGCAUGGUUUUCAGGUGAACCCUAUGUUGAAUGAUAUUUCUCACAAUCAAGGGAAUAUCACUGGUAAUCAUGAGCCAACCCUUGUUCAUUUCAUGGUUGAGUCUCAACAAACUAAUGUGUCAGAGCCAGAGGAGAAGGUGAUCAUCAAAACCGAUCAGAAGAAGAAAGGCAUCAGUCAUAAAGGGCAAUGGAAUCUUGCUGAGGACAAGCUGUUACGGAAAAUGGUGAAACGUAUUGGAACGAGAAGAUGGACAGAAAUCGCAAAAUCGUUCCAAGGACGAGUUGGUAAACAGUGUAGAGAGAGGUGGCACAACCAUCUCCGUCCGGACAUCCAGAAAAAUGCUUGGAGUGAAGAAGAAGAUCAAAUACUGGUUCAAAUUCACAAGCAAGUUGGGAACAAAUGGACCCAAAUCGCGAAGAGACUCCCUGGACGAAGUGAGAAUAUUGUUAAGAACCAUUGGAAUGCCACAAAACGUCGGCUACUCUCGAUGAAGAACAAGAGAAGUGGUGCCCUCCCCCCUCCCAACAACACCCUUGAAAAUUACAUAUGGUCUACUGCAGUCAACAACUUGAACAGAGGAGCUGUUGCAAACGCUGAAAUGGAGAAUAACAAACGUGAGAACGUUGCUGAUGGGGUGAUGAUGAAUCUGAAUCUGGAUGCUACAAGGCAGACUGCAGCAACAACCUCGGUUUAUGUUCCGGAGAAAACAGUGUAUACAUGGGGUAAUCUGGUUGGUGGAAGGCAGAAUCCCGCAACAAUGAUGAUGGAUGCGUAUGUUCCGGAGAAAACAGCGGUUCCAUGGGGUAAUGAUUUCACAAGAGUUAAUGAACCCGUGGAUGAUGAUGAUGCUCAUGAAUGGAUGCUCAUGAAUGGAUGCUCAUGAAUGGUUGGAACUAAUUCCCUAUGAAGGAGAUUGCUCUGCUCAAGAUGUUUUCUCAUUAUCACCCUCAUGCUUAAGUCUAUCUAUCUAUCUAUCUAUGUAGCUACCUAUCUAUAUCUCUUUUUUCUUUUCUUUUUGACUUCUAUCUAUCUAUAAUCUAUCUAUCUAUCAAUCUAUCUAAUCUAAAUGAAAGACUAUUUGUGUUUUACAAUACUUCAAACUUAUGAUUA